AUGAGCUCAAAGCAAUCCUCUGCGAUGCGGUUCUUGCUUUGUGCCUCAGUCGUUCUCACAGCGUCUGCAGCCGUCAUCCACACACCGCUCGAACAGCGCGCGGACCGCCCCGUUCUGGAGGACUGCCAGAUAGAAACCCAGAAUGAGAUGGCCAAUGACCCCAACAGAGCCAAUGUAGACGCUACGGUCCGUACGGCCGGCAUUGGCGCCGAGUUUGAGUCUCCCAUAUUCAACCUUCGGAAACCAGGUUGCAGCAAACAGGAUACAUUUGCAGCCAAGUACAAGGUCAUUGCCGAUCGAACAGGCAAGAACUGGAAGCUUACUGCGGACUCUGGCGCCGACGCGGAGUAUCUUCAAGCUGAAUACAUCAUCGACGGUAAUGAAGUCAAAGUAGGCAGCACAAGUGACGAUACCAAUGGCGCUAAGGUCGCGGCAGCUAUGGCCAAGGACCUUAUUGACUGGAAGCCAUGGCAAGGCAGCGAAGAUGACCGAAAGGUUGACAUCGCCGAAAACAACUGUAAUCCAUGGAGAAUCGCAACCAGAAAGGACCAAGCCCCCGAGGAGGUGGAAUUCGGGGCCCAGAUCACCACGGGGAUGCCGUUGGAGGCGCUAUACAGCCUGAUGAAAGAGAGCUUCGAAGACGUCAGCGGUGACGAUAGGAAUGUCCUCGUUGGGUACUGUAAUCAAGGGGACGAGCAUCUCAUGCUUGUGACGAAGGAGCACUUUCAGACUAGUCCAGGCGGCAUCAGCCCGGAACUGGUCACGGAUGAUGUGUUGGCCUUUUGCACCCUGGUUUUGUCGUACGCCAAACUUGCAAGUGAUCCUUUCGCCACAAGUCCCAAGCUUUACACGACGUUCAUGCCUCGAACAAACUUCAACAAGAUAUUUGCGCAGGUUAGCUCCAAGUUGCCAGCAAAGGGAGAUGACCUUUGGGCCCUGUUCAACGUCCUUGCAUGCUACGAGAGAGGCGGUACCAAUAUUGAUGAAGAGUAUUGCACGGGUACUCCCGAAAAUCCCAAACCUACCGACGAUGACUUCGGAGACCUCACGUUUUCCCGGGGUCCAGCUAGAUGCAACAUCAAAGACUGGAUUCAUGGUCUGGACCCAGAAUCAGAAAGCCCAGACGAUCUCACAAAGUUUGACAAGGAGGUCAAUGACGGGUCUAUCGGGAAACUGGGCAUUAGAGAGGAACAGAUGUUCAAAUCUCAGCGCUGGGUGCCUCUUUUCGAAUUCCGUGAUCUCGCUCAGGUGUUCACGGUUGAAAAAAAGGGAGAGCACAUGGGCAUGGAAGACUUCAUGGGCAAGGUAGACAAAGCCAUUCAAGACCUACACAAUGGAUUUCCCAACCCGCCUGGAAAGAAGAUCAGGCGUGGCGUCUGCGAUCAUGCUGAGCCGGAGCCGACCGGACCAACCAAGCAGCUCGCAGUCCUCGGUUCCUACGUGCGUGGUGCCCCCACGAUGGACUGGCUCUUCCUCGAAGCCGACUUUGAAAAGGGCGUCGGAUGUCGCGAAGACUUCCUCCGACCUUUUGAAACUGUACCAUGGGAUGAGUCUGGCACAACGUACCCUGGCGGCACCAAGGAGCUCGACCUUGAGAUUGACGGGCAGAAGUGCCGGUACCAGAACGACGGCGACGACCCGGGAGCGCUCUGGUGUGGCGAGAGAGUCAUUGGCUGCGUGAAUGAUCCGGCCGACAAGGAUCCCAACGAUGUGAAUGCGGAGAAGGGCGAGUACCAGUGCGGCGAUUACACGCGACAGCCUGUGUUUGUCUGCCCUUGGUAG